UCCGCGAGGUCUGGAUAGCCCGGCUUUUGCGGGGAAAGGAGUGGGGCGAACAUGGCUGAAGGUAGUCGGGGCGGCCCAACGUGUCGCGCGAUGGACGGCAGGCAGGACCCAGUCUCCGGCAGUGGGAGCAGCAACUUUCCAGAGUACGAGCUUCCCGAGCUAAACACGCGCACUUUCCAUGUGGGCGCUUUCGGGGAGCUGUGGCGUGGCCGGUUGCGCGGAGAAGGGGACUUGUCCCUGAAGGAGCCACAGGCAUCCGCGUUGCCUGGGAGCCAAGGGGUCGCGGACUGGGGCCAGGAGGAUGCUGCGGUGGCCCGGGACCUGGGCUGCAGCCUGGAGGCAGCAGCCGAGCUGCGGACGGUGUGCGGCCUUGAUAAACUAAAGUGCCUUGAGGAGGGUGAGGAUCCAGAUGUCGUCCCAGAGAAUACCGACCUAGUGACUUUGGGGGUUAGAAAAAGGCUUAUGGAACAGCGGGAAGAAACCAUAACAAUAGAUCGGGUUUGCAGACAAGAAACGUUUGCUUAUGAGAUGGAGUCACAUGCCAUAGGAAAAAAGCCUGAAAAUCCAGCAGACAUGAUUGAAGAAGGGGAGCUUAUCCUAUCUGUGAAUAUUUUAUACCCUGUUAUAUUUCAUAAGCACAAAGAACACAAGCCGUACCAGACAAUGCUGGUAUUGGGCAGUCAGAAGCUCACGGAGCUGAGGGAUUCAAUUUGCUGUGUCAGUGACCUCCAGAUUGGUGGAGAAUUCAGCAACACUCCUGAUCAAGCUCCUGAGCACAUAAGCAAAGACCUGUACAAAUCAGCCUUCUUUUAUUUUGAAGGGACAUUUUACAAUGAUAAAAGAUACCCCGAGUGCAGAGAUUUGAGCAGAACUAUCGUUGAAUGGUCAGAGUCCCACGACAGAGGCUAUGGGAAAUUUCAGACUGCUAAAAUGGAAGAUUUCACCUUCAAUGACCUGUGUAUUAAACUGGGUUUUCCUUACUUAUAUUGUCACCAGGGAGACUGUGAACAUGUUGUUGUCAUUACUGACAUAAGGCUUGCACAUUGUGAUGACUGCUUGGAUAGGACACUUUAUCCCCUUCUUAUCAAGAAGCACUGGCUGUGGACCAGAAAAUGUUUUGUUUGUAAAAUGUACACAGCCAGAUGGGUGACAAACAAUGACAGUUUUGCACCAGAGGACCCAUGUUUCUUUUGUGAUGUUUGCUUUCGGAUGCUCCACUAUGAUUCAGAAGGCAACAAACUAGGAGAAUUCCUUGCUUAUCCUUAUGUUGAUCCUGGAACCUUUAAUUAAUAAUAACAAAAAAUGUACCUUGUGUACAUCCAUCCUCUUGGAUGGUUACUUUAUGGUUACUUUAUUUCCAGAACAUGCCACUGAGGAACAGGAUCCACCUGAAAUAAUCAGUCACCCACACCUGUGUAAAAGUUGACAUCACAGGGUUUUUUUGUUUUUUUUUUUUAAUUACAGGUUUUCUUAUAAAGUAACUUGUGUUUAGAAAUAUAUUAUUUUAGUAUUUAUUUCAAAAUAGGGUUUUUAUUUACUGGGUUUGCCCAUUUUUAAGUGUGUUUAUCUUAAGUUGUAGGAGUGCUUUAUAUUUUUUGAAUACAGAUCCUGUCAGAUUCAAGUAUUCUGAUUUUUGGCCAGUUUGUGGCUUGCCUGUUCCUUCUGUGUCCAGAGUACUUUUUGCUAAUCUAUAAAUUAGAAAAAUUCAGUUAAUGCUACAUCAAGUGGUGGAAGUGUUUUGAAAAUUCUUUGAAGAAUGUGAGAGCUACACCUUGUACCAUGAAGCUUCCAAGGUGAAGAUCCUUCAAAUAUAAAAAUGAGGGAGAAGAAUAAAAGUAGAUUUAACAAAUACAGUAUUAAGAAUAGCUAUUCUAGGGGCACCUGGGUGGCUCAGUUAAGCGUCUGCCUUUGGCUCAGGACAUGAUCCUCAAGGUCCUGGGAUUGAGCCCCACAUCAGGCUCCCUGCUCAGCGAGAAGUCUGCUUUUCCCUCUCAUUCUCCCUCUGUGCUCUCUCUCAAAUAAAUAAAUAAAAUCUUAAAAAAAAAAAUAGCUAUUCUAUAAUUGGAUCCCUUGGUGGGCUCUUUUGUAAUACUAGGUUUUGUUUUUGGUAGAAACUAGCAGGCAUACUAAUUUUAAUGAGACUCACUACAUGAAUAAGGAACAUAGAUCUUCAGUAUAUACUCAUAUCUUCAAAAAAGUAACAUUUAAAUUGAAGUUUCAUUUCUUGAUUAUAAUUUUUUCUGUUUCUGUUUAUGAUUAAGAAAAUAGAUUUUGGGACACCUGGCUGGCUCAGUCAGUAGACAUGCAACUCUUGA